CAAUGCGAGGCCAUGGACACCCUGCACCGUCGCUCUGCUCCCGGCCCACCGUGCAUCACCCCUCGACCUCUUUUAACCUGGCCUGAGUCACGGCGCCGGCACCCCCUCAAUCUUCUCUCCACACACUCUCCCUCACCACUCCAAGUCCAUCUGAGGGCGCGGGUUCUGCCCCUCCUUCUCGCCGUGGACGCCCGAUGGACCUUCCUCGUCAAGUCCAUCUGAGCAGCGCUGCCGUCACCGUCCAGCUCUCUUCUGUAGAACCGCCAGGCUCGCUGCAGCGAUCGUUCUUGGCGGAGUUCGCCAUCAUCGAGACGACCACGGGCAACGCCAUCGACAAGGAGCUUGCAUGCAUGCUCUUGAGGAUCUCCUGCACGUCCCGGACCCCUCCAUCACGUCUGCUGCCUCCCCUCCGUCUUCCCGAGCUUAGCCCCCGCGAGCACUACCCUUCGUCAACGUCGACUUCUUCGGCAGCAUCGUCAACCUUGCAGCCGUCCGAGUCGUCGUCUGCGCGUCUACGUCGUCCCGGAGUCACGAAGCGCGCGUCUCCGAGCUGCCGCGUCGCGUCGCUCCAUCCUCCGCCACCACCGCGUCUCCUCUGUCGCCUCCAAGACUCGCGAAUGCGAACACUAUCGGAGAAGAAGGAGAGUAUAUUGGUGAUGAUUUCGAAGAAGUAGGAAGAGCAGAUAUUCGUGAAGAAGAAGAAGUCCAGGGACAAAUAGCCAACCAAGGCAAGUCACCUCUUGAUGCAUAUCUUGACCUAAUUAUCUUACUCUUGCAUUAUUACCAGAUUUAUAAAUUGCAUGGUUUAUUUAUUUAUGUGAGUGGUCCUGCCACUCGGUGUUUUAUUAUUCCACCCUUACGGGUGCAGCCCUCGUGAUACCUACUGAUCCAACACUUGCUAGAGAUAUGGUGCUUAGCACUUUAUCAUCCUUGUCGCCACUUUUCAAAGAAAAGUCGGACUAUAGGUCGGGAGCCCUCUUCAAAAAGGUUUGUGAAAAUGUUUUCAAGAAAGAAGUGUUUCGAAAACCUUGGAAUGGGGUAGCCCUGCCCAAGUGUGAGUUUAUGAAAAGGAAAAGGUUUUCGGGAAGAAAAGUUGCUGGAGGCAAGUGGAGAAAAUUGUUUUCGAAAAACUUUGGUGACUGAGUACCUAACCGGACCUAGCCAGUACAACCACAUUACCCUUUAGUGGGACGGGGCGUAGCGUAGUAGUUUGUCUCGCCUUAGUUUGAGUCAUGCAAGUGUAGUGGCAGUCCGACCAUGGACGCUUCGACCGGGGUUCUUCCCAUGAGAAGGAACGCAACCCAUUUGCCUUUUCAGGUACGCGGGGUACAACUUAUGAGCUCCCAUUGAAAGAUGCCGAAGUGGUUGGAUGGCAUUCCAGAGGGUCGGGUGUCGGGGACUGAUACGUCCAAAACGUAUCUACUUUCCCGAACACUUUUGCUAUUGUUUUGCCUCUAAUUUGUGUAUUUUGGAUGCAACUAACACGGACUAACGCUGUUUUCAGCAGAACUGCUCUGGUGUCUCGUUUUUGUGCAGAAAUCCAACUUUCGGGAAAAUCCUCGGAAUUUAUGCAGAAGGCCCUAUUUUCCAAGAAUACUGACGGAGCCAGAAGGACAACCCAGGUGGAGGCCCGAGGGCCCCACACCAUAGGGCGGCGCGGCCCAGGGGGGGCCCGCGCGGCCAUGUGGUGUGGCCCCCCUCGGCCGGCCUCCGACGCCCUCCUUCGGACUAUUUAUCGGCCUCGACCUAAAAACGCACGGGGAGAAGUCGAAGUCGCCAGAAACCCUCCAGAACGCCGCCACAUCGCGAAACUCCGUCGCGGGAGCCAGAAGUCUCCGUUCUGGCACUCCGCCGGGACGGGGAAUUGGAGGAGAUCAUCGCCGCCAUCACCGCCAACGCCUCUACAUCAACCAGCCAUGUUUCCCCCAUCCAUGUGUGAGUAAUUCCCCCGCUGUAGGCCGAAGGGGAUGGUAGGGAUUGGAUGAGAUUGGUCAUGUAAUAGCAUAAGAUUGUUAGGGCAUAGUGCCUAGUGUCCGUAAUUGGUACUUUGAUGAUAUUGUUGCAACUUGUUAUG